AUGCGGGAGCGUGGCGCCAAGGGCAGCGGCUCUCACCAGAAGAAGGUGUUGGAUGAAAUUUUGCUGACUCCCUUGAGAGAGUCUGAAGAUGAUCUGGAGCCGCCUGGCGAACCGGAGUGGGAUUUUGUCCUUGUGAGCGACAUCCAUGAAAUGGGCAGCGAGAAGGAGAUCAAGAGGAAGAAGUUCCUGGACGAGCUGAGCAAGAAGGGGUUCACCAUCAAGAAAAUUGAAGACAAGAAGCUGUUUCAUGGGGUGCGUGCCCCAGAAUGGAUCUUCCAGAAAUACCAAUGGCUCCUGAGGAGCCCGGACAGCAGGCUGCAAAGCCCCAGUGACCAGCAUAAUGUGCCAGUGACCACCAGGAUACGGAUCGUGUACUUCAUUCUGCAUAACACGGUGCCUCCUGACCUCGAGAAGCUGUGUGACCUGAUGAAGAAGAAGGUCUUUGAGACGGCGUUUCCACUGCACGAGAGAGAAGAAAAAAAACUAUUCAUAAAGGAGAAAUGGGCUCGAUGGAGAGACAUCUGUUAUGAACAGCCUAUUGAGAAUAUCAGGAGUUACUUCGGUGAGAAGAUAGCCCUGUACUUCGCCUGGCUGGGCUGGUACACCUGCCUGCUGGGAAUCGCUUCCGUGGUCGGAACGCUCAUCUUUGUGUUUGGGAUUACAGCGCUCAGCUCCAGCCAGGUGAGCAAGGAGAUCUGCAAAGCCAACACCACCAUCAUGUGCCCGCUCUGUGAUCAGAAGUGCCCGUUCUGGUUGCUCUCCGACACCUGCACCUAUGCCAAGAUCGCUCACAUGAUUGACAACGAGGGGACAGUUUUGUUCGCCAUGGUCAUGGCCAUCUGGGCCACUGCGUUCCUGGAGCUGUGGAAGAGACACAGGGCCACCGUGGUCACCCAGUGGAACCUGUACGAGUGGGAUGACGAUGAGGAGGAACUGGCUAUGGAGCUGAUCAAUAACCCCCUGCACGAACCUCGGCGGUACCAGCACUCCUACUUCCGCAGCACCAUCGUCAUCCUCUUGGUUCUGCUCAUGAUUGCCGUGCUCAUCGGCAUCGCCCACGCGCUGGUCAUUUACCGGGUGGUGGCCAUGGCGCUCUUCACACAGAGCGCCUCGGAGUUCAUCCGCGAGCACGCCAACACACUGGCCGUGCUGACAGGCGCCGUCCUGCACUACUUCACCAUCGUCAUCAUGACCAAGGUACGGAGCACGCCCCGCGCUCUGCUCCUAUCCCCAGAGGAACCACGGACCUUCUCGCAGCGCGAGAACAACUUCACCGUGAAGAUCUUCACCUUCCAGUUCUUCACCAACUUCUCCUCGCUCAUCUACAUCGCCUUCUUUCUGGGCCGCGCCCGUGUCCAGGGCAGCUGGUGCAAGCGAUGGGAGGGUUGGCCAUGCUGGGACCCUUCUGCCCGUCCCGAGCUGCUGGGACACCGGGAGGGCCACAGCUUUUCUCCAUGGUGCCACCCCAGCGGCUGCAUCACCGACCUCUUCAUCCAGAUGGCCACCAUCACUAUCCUCAAGCAGACCCUCAGCAAUUUCGUGGAGUACCUGGUCCCAUGGAUAACCCACAUAUGCAAGAAGCAGAAGCUUCCCAAGAAGAAAAACACCAUCCUGGGGGAGGAGGAGGAGGCUGAGGACCCCUGCAAACAGUGGUGGCUCAGCAACUACCAGCUCAACGAAGUCCACCCCUUCAGCUUGUUUGACGAGUUCCUGGAGAUGGUGAUCCAGUACAGCUACACCACCAUUUUCAUUGCCGCCUUCCCACUUGCCCCGGUGCUGGCUUUCAUCAACAACCUGGUCGAGAUCCGCCUGGAUGCCAUCAAGAUGGUUCACUUCCGGCGGCGCAUGGUGCCCAGGAAGGCCAACGACAUUGGAAUCUGGCUGCAGGUCCUGGAAGCCAUCGGCAUCCUGGCUGUCAUCGGCAACGGACUGGUGAUCGCCAUCACAUCCGACUUCAUUCCCAUGCAGGUCUACAAGUACACGCACAGCCCCUGCGCGACGGGCAACAGCACUGCCCUGGACUGCCUAAGCGGCUACAUCAACCACAGCCUCUCCACCUUCCGCACGCGGGACUUUGAGCCACACAUGCGACUGCCUGCGCAGCUGCCGGACUUUGCGAGACAGGGAGUCACGGAGUGCAGGUACCGAGAGUACAGGAACGCCGACGACUACAGCUACACCGCCCAGUUCUGGCACGUGUUCGCAGCCCGCCUUGCCUUCCUAAUCCUCUUCGAGGUGAGCGUGACAGGAGCUGCCAGAGGCCAGCGGGAGGGAGGAGGAAGAGGAGGCUCCGGGGAGCUCCCGCCCUUGGCUGGGAGGCCUCUCACUGCCUGUGGUGGUUCCGUGUCCUUUUUUCAGCAUGUGGCUCUGUGCGUCAAAUUCAUUGCGGCCUGGUAUGUCCCCGAUGUCCCCCAGUCGGUUAAGAACCAUAUUCUGGAUGAAAAAUACACCAAGCUGCAAAAAGAACUGAGCACAAUGGAGUACUCCACCGACGUAUAG